AAGCUCGGCGCGCACCCAAUCUACGACACUCCUCAAGGUGAUUAUCGCUCCCAUACCCUCUUGCGCGAUGAUCAGUGCUGCUGGAAUCAUCGGAGGAUGUUCUGCUGUCGAAGAUCUGCUUUUUCCGAUUGUUUCCGGCGGCUCUAGGUCGUCCUGUACACUUUCAGAACAUUUUGCUAACUCUCGCUCUUUGGAUUUCUAGACAUCAUCAAAAUGCCCGGCAAGGUUAAGGCGUACGAGCUCCAGUCCAAGUCCAAGAAUGACUUGUCGAAACAACUAGUCGAGCUCAAGAAUGAGCUUCUGGCUUUGCGGGUGCAGAAGAUUGCUGGUGGUUCGGCAUCUAAGCUCACAAAAAUUAACACUGUCCGCAAGUCGAUUGCUCGGGUUCUGACUGUCAUGAACCAGAAGCAAAGACAAAACCUCCGCGAGCUGUACAAGAACAAGAAGUACGCUCCUCUUGACCUACGACCAAAGAAGACCCGUGCCAUCCGCCGACGCUUGACGAAGCACGAGGAGUCCUUGAAGACGCUCAAGCAGCGCAAGAGAGACAUCCACUUCCCUCUGCGGAAGUACGCGGUCAAGGCUGCAUAAAUGUUUGCUUGCCUUUCGUGAUUGGGGUGGCGGGGUUGUUUCCAGAUGUCUUUCCUUUUGUAUGCUAUACGCUCUCAACCAAGCUCGACAUGCCAUGGUAUAUCAUUAUGCCGCAUCAAUCUGGUCGGACAGCGUCAUGUUUGCCUCAAACGAUUCCUUAUUCCUGCAGCUAUGGCAUUGGCAAUGGCGUACACUGCAAUACUGACUCCUAAAUUUAUCUGCCUUUUCCCAUGUGAAUUCCGAGGGCUGCAUUCCAGCUCUAGUGAUCGUGAAUUUUAAGAAUUUGUUUGCCCGACUUUCC